GCCUAUGAAGUAUUUAUCUGUUCAAUUACAGCCGCUAGAGGACGAUACACAGCUAUAGUUGGUUUUCGCCCAUUCAAUAAAUGAACCGAAGAAAAAAAAGGAGGACGCGAGAGCUUCCGCGUUGUUUCGCGAUGCUUUCACUGCUUCCAGUCUCCGGCAAGGUGGUAAUGGUAGAAGCCUUAUCAGUACUGAAUUAAUUUACCCUAUAUACAACGAACGGGUUUUAAUCGCAGACAAGAGCCGAAUGGACGAGUCCACUGAUAAUCUUGUUAAAUUGGAAACCUUGCUGGAAGGAUUUUACAGUGAUGGCAACUACAUGCACGGCUAUGUGACAGACGAGACAAGUGUCCACCAAGCAGUAGAAAUCUUCCGACGCAUCACUGCCACAACGUUCAGUGUCAGGACGUCAACUCCUCUUAAUUUUGAACCCAGCAAAGUGGAAAAGGGGAAGUUUACAACUCGUUCAAUCAAGUUCACCAAGUCCAGCUGCCCAAACCUUAACGAAGACGGGGUGCCCUUCAUGCACGGUGGAAGGAAAAUUCUGGAAUGUCAGUUCGGGCCUAAAAGGGAACACGAAAAAAAGAUGGAGAAGGACGGCGGCGCCGCCGCGAUGCCCGGGCUGCAGACCUUGGAAGAGAUGGAGCACGACUACACUCCGGCCUGCGGACCCGCGGCCAAAAGGAGGCGGCCGAACACGCGGGGCACGAGGAAGAAGGGGUGCCAGGCGAGGAUCUCCAUCGUGCAGGUGUGCCGGUUCCCCGAGUACGCGGUGAUCGGCAAGAAGUGCGUCAGCAUUCAGCAGAUCCAGCUGAAGGAGAGGCUGCUGCAGGACCUGCAGGACGAGAGAGACGUGAAGGUCGAGAACAGGUUCUACAUCGACCUGCCGCUCGACAGCGCCCAUUCCAAACACCCUCCGACGGCUCUGUCCGGCAUGGUGCAGACCGUGCACCCGCAGAUCAUACAGUGGAUCGACCAGCUGGUCGGGGAGGGCGUGACAAAGGCCACGGAGAUGCAGGGUAAACUGAGGCACCUGGUGAACACCAGGAUGUCGGACACGGCCGCCCCCAAUUCGCAAGACCGGGGAUAUUACCCGAAACUGCAAGACAUUAAGAACCACAUCUACAGGGCAAAAGUAAGGCGGCGCAUGACAAAUCCGGGUAGCGAGGGCAUUGCAGAGCUGGACCAAGACGACGAUAUCAAGGAACCUCAGUGUGAGCCAGACGACUGUGACGAUAUCUACGCGGAGGUAUUAGUACUAAGACAGCAGAUUGGCGACCUGUCCAGGGUGUAUUCCUGCCUCUCGCCCAAUGCUUGCUGGGAUAGGCUCCAGCACCCCCCAGUGACCCUGACCAGGACAAACAGAGCGCGGGUCGUCCCGACGACGAUGGGGCCCUCGGGAGGCAGAGGGAGGAGCUGCUCCUGGAGCUGGAGGUUCUCCGGGACAUGGUGCACCAGUGCACCAGCCUGCCCGUGCUGCAGAGGCUGACGGAGGACGCGAGGGCCAUGCAGGAGAGAGCCCAGCACUUCCUGGACGUGCCACCGGGGGGCGCUGCUGCUGCCGCCCCCACCUUCGGACUGACCUGAGCUAUCAGGCUGUGAACCGCAGGCCCGUCUGCAGCCUCGGGGGACGGGGUGCGCUGAACAAGCGGACUGGCGUUGGGAGAGGGGCAGACUGGCGUUGGGAGAGGGACGGACUGGCAGGUGGGCACAAGGUCGUUGGCCCCAGGGAGGAACUACGUCAGGGGUCCUCAAUCUUAUCCAAAAAGGGCCGGUGUGGGUGCCGGCUUUUGUUCCAACUGAGCAGUUACACACCUGAUUCUACUAAUCAACCACUAGCGUAGUCUUUGCGAAGGACCUUGAUUAGUAGAAUCAGGUGUCUCACUGCUUGGCUGGAACAAAAGCCUGCACCCACACCGGCCCUUUCUGGAUGAGAUUGAGGACCUCUGAACUACGUGGACCUCUGAACACACAACCUAUUCCAGUGGUUCCCACACCUGUUCCACCGGAUCUGCCAUCCUGUAGGCUUUUGUUUCAACCCUAAUUUGGCACACCUGAUUCUACUAAUUAGCAGCACAAUGCAAUCUCUAGCUGUUGAAUGAGAUGUGCUAGGGUUGGAGUGAAAACCUGUAAUACGGUAAAUCUCCAGGAACAGGGUUGGGGACCAUGGACCAACCCUGCUGGGACACUAAAAUGCAUGGGUGCAAAACAGGAGCUGAUCCGUUUCAGGAUCUUCUGCUCUUAAUUAAAUUAGCUCAAUCAUAACUUGAUUUUACAUUUGUACAUGCACCAGCCAGACUGCAAGUGUUUUUACUGUGUUCAAGUACAGGAGUGAACCAGAAUAGUUUAUACUGCUAUUUGAAAACGCAGAUCAUUGUGUCAGUUCAUUUGAUGGAAGAUUUGAAUGUUUUACACGUGUAUAGUCAAGAUUGUGACUCAGUUUUUUAUGUAAAAAAAAAAAUGUAUAUAUAUUUAUAUAUAAAAUGCA